GAAAUAAUUAUAUAGGCUAUCGUUUGCGAGCGUUCGGGAGGUGGCGUCUUCCGUGUCACAGGGGUAGUUUUUUUUAGGUUUGGAAGGUAAUCCUUACACAGUGCUCCCACAGAUUAUUAGAGGAGGAGUGGCAUAGUUUCGGAAUCCCAGAUAUGCUCAGGUACACGGACACGAGCCUUUGCGGUUCCAGCUCAUCUCUGAGGACUCACGAAUAAACCGUUUCGGGGAAUAUUGGCCGGAUACAAAUUAAAUUGCCUACACGGAAGUAAACAAAACACAUACGGCGAGAGCAUCAAAUCCAAGGAGUCGGUUUUCCAGGAUGAACAGAGCUGUGGCCACCUGCUGGAUGUUUAUUCUGCUAUCCGCCUUCUUCUGCGAAACGGUGAUGUCAAAGGGGGGGCGAGGAGGGGCCAGGGGUGCCGCCCGUGGGAGCGCCCGCGCAUCUCGCACCCGGUUCAAGGCCCCCCGGCGGUACAGCUCGUCGCCGGCAAGGGUUGCUGGGGCGGCGGCAGCCGGCGCGGCAGUGGGCAUGGCCGCCGGGGGAUGGUACGCGUCCUCCAGGUACCGAUCGGAUGACAGUUCCGAGAGAUUCAUCAGUGACAGUCAGGGGGGCAACAGGACGGACGGUGACUUCUACAGUGCCCGAACGUCAGCCUCCGCAAAGCACGAUGCUUCACUCAUACCCGUCCUGUCUGUGUUGUGUUCGAUUAGCUUGCUGAAGUAUAUCAGCCUCUGAGUAUGAGUAUGAAGAUACAAAAUAGACAUACAUUGUGGGUUUCUUCUUUCUUUCUUUAACACUUCAGCUCAGCAUCAUUCUUAGAACAAACAGUAACACUCUACUUGGGGUCUAAUGUGGAAAUUCAUAACUUAAAUACCACAUAACGUGAGGCUACUUCUUGGCAGUUAUAAUUAUAUUAUAUUGCAAUUAUGCAAUACAGUACUAAGAAUGCUCAAGACUCCCUAUUUAUGAAGAAAAAGUAAUUUGGAAUUUGAUAUCUGGAGGAUAGUGUUUAUAAUUUAGUGCAGUACAAAGUAAAUUACAUUCAAUUCAAAUGUGUGCUAUGAGAGCCACUGUAAAUUCACCAUGAAUGGGAUACAUUACUAGGUGUCACUAGGUUUGCACUGAGAGAGUACACAACACAACAGGCACAUUGAUGAAUACCUAUGAAUUUCCACAAAAAAAACUAUUUUAAGUAAAUGCAUCACAAUUUUUUUUAUUUUCAUACUAUACACACCACAUAAUUUGCUUGUUAGGUGAACAGUGCUCUUUAAGUAAACAAAUGGGAAUAACGUCUAUUUGUAAUUAUGUAUUUAGUAUUAAGACAUGUCACUGCCUACUUGUAAUUUAUGCCACGGUCAGAUUGAAUUCUGAGUAUAUUUGCUAAGGGGAUACAGUCACUUGCUAAAAGGGGAUGCCAAUACCACUUACUCUCAGUCACCAUUUAUAUGUCUGUAUAUAUCUUUUGUAUGUCUAAACCUUGGAGCUAACUUCUACUCCACUCUUAACAGCCCUUCCAAACAAUCUAAAUUCUGCCCUUACAGCUUCAUCUCUACCUCACAAUGAAGCCAUGGUACUGCAGUUUGAACCUCAGCGUGGCAGGGUACAUGCUUUUUGUACCCCUGGUAUAGAAACUUCAUUCACGUGCCCUUCAAAGGCCAGAUUAACAUUAAUUACGUGCAGUAUGUAAAAGCCAGGAGGGUGAAUAAUUGUAUUGUAUUAUGCAUCAGUCGACAACCUGUUUAAGACAAUCUUAAAUUCUUUUUUUAUGGGCAAGGAGGGGUUAUCCACAGCCAAUCCAGUGGUGCCCAGUGGAGAUCUAUAUGUUCCUUGUGCAUUCCAGCUCAGGUCUUAAUUGUGUAAUCACUCAUAUAUUUGGAAGUUGAAUCACCUGUUUUUCUAUGAGUCAGUCAGCCACAGGCUGAAAGGCAUCUUGAAGUCCUUGAGCACUACAUAUCUCUGGGUCAGGGAGUGAACCCAGAUGUUUAGUUGAUCCCACUAAAGGCCCUCUUUAGUGUGUCCUUACCACCUUCGAUCUGUUUUGUGUUUACAUGUCUGAUAUCACCGAUUACAAUUAAAUGUGCCAGGCUGUAACCACUGCCACUAUGAAGUAGCAGCAUAUCAUUUUGGGCCUGGUUCCCCAUGCAAUAUUUUGUCCUUAAGUUACAAUAGCAAAGUUAAGGAAAAAGUAUAUUGUGCUUAAACUCGGCCUUAAUCUACUGAAUAGCAUGUUCCAUACUUUAUCAAUAAUGUCAGAAAUAGGGCACCUGCUCAUUGCUUGUCCUUUCCUCUGAAUAUUGUCUUCUAAACAUUAUACAUGGUAGAAUGCAAUGAAACAUCAAUAAGAAGAGAAAUCCAUAAAU